AUGAAGCACCCUAUUGAGUUGUUGAAAGAGAUGAAGAAGGUUUCCUUUGAAGUCACUGUCAAUAUUUUCAUGGGAUCUUCUAAUCGAAAUAUUGUUAAAAGCUUUAGAAGUUCAUUUACGGUUUUGUCUAAUGGAAUGUUCUCUCUCCCUAUCAAUGCUCCUGGUUUCACUUUCAACAAAGCACGCAAUAAGAUAGCCAAAAUACUUCAACCUGUUGUGGAUGAAAGAAGGUUGAUGAUAAAAAAUGGUCAACAAGUGGGAGAGAAAAAAGAUCUUAUAGAUAUUUUAUUGGAAGUCAAAGAUGCGAAUGGUAGAAAUUUGGAAGAUGUGGAUAUUAGUGACUUAUUCAUAGGACUAUUAUUUACUGGAUAUGAAACUACUGCAACUGCAUUACAAAGUAUCCACAUAUUCUGA